AUGGUUUCUGGUUUUAGCCCCCAUAUUAAGACAUCACAGAUCAAAAAAACCACCAAUACUACAGAAGAUGGCUUGAAGCUGUUAUAUGAGGGUGAAAACCCGCAGGUCGAUAUUAUUGCGGUUCAUGGGCUGGGAGGCCACCGCGAGAAGUCAUGGACUACUGAAAGUGGUGUCAGCUGGUUGAAGAAUCUUCUUCCAGUUGAUUUACCUGACAUGAGAGUUCAUACAUGGGGCUAUGCCUCGAUGUACACAGACGAGCCCGAGACUCCGCAAGACACUUCCGAGAGACUAGUGUCCGAGUUGUUCGCGAUGAGGAAAAUGACCGGGAAGCAGACACUUUCCCGUCCGCUCAUUUUCAUCGCCCAUAGUUUCGGGGGGAAUAUUGUCAAAAGCGCUCUCUUGUACUCCUACAACUCAAAUGAGGACCGGACAUUGUGUCUCCGGAACAUCAGCCUCUCAACCCAGGGUGUCAUUUUCAUGGGAACACCUGAGCUAGACUCGAGGUUAACCGGCCUUCAGACCUUCAUGGAAAACAACCCCAGGGUCAAGAGCAAGUCAAGUAAUGCCCAGAGCGAAGCACGCUGGAUGCUAGACACAUUACAAAAUUACUCUACCAUCAGCACCAAGUUCAAAUCCCUCUACGCUUACGAAAGCUUCAACGGCCCACCUCAGGUCACCCAGCCCAUGUCACAACGGCUCACUCCGUCCUUAAUGGUCGAUGCCACGCAUGAGAAUAUGAUCAAGUUCGAGUCAAGUCUCGACGAGAGCUACAUCAAAAUCAAAGAAAGCAUCGACGAAAUUAUCCACUCUGUAAAGGAGAGUGGAUUGAAGGAAAAGACAUGA